ACGAAAAUACACGCUGGAGCCAUGAAUCAAACUCCGUCAUGUGACGGAGGGGAGGUGCUGGGCUGGCUCCCAGCCAGUGGUAGGAGCUGAUGGGUGGAACAAACGGGGCAUAAAAAGACUAAUAUGACUAACGGAUCCUGGAUGCGUGGUACCUCUAUUUGGAUCUACAGGAAUGUGGGCUCUAGCAGUUCUGCAGCUCUACCAGCCCUUUGCCUGACACUGGAGCUGCUGCUCACAAAGUAGAAUCCUGCUGCUCUGUGGCAGGAAGGAUAGAGAAAGAACAUGGCCUGCAUUUUGAAGAGAAAGUCCAUUGUUGCUGUGAGUUUCAUUGCAGCUUUCCUCUGCCUGAUCAUCGUCCGUCUCACAAAUGAAGUAACUUUCCCUUUGAUCCUAAACUGCUUUGGACAAACCAGUGUCAAGUGGAUCCCAUUUUCUAAUGGCCAGAGGCAUCCUCUGAGAACUCACUAUGGAUAUAUAAACGUAAAAACACAAGAGCCUUUACAGCUGACUGUGCCUCUGUGCCGUUUCAAACCUGGACAGAUGGCUGGCCAAAGGGGGGCCGAGAUACAAUCCUCCUGCAUAUGGAGGAUGAACAACGCUCCACGAAGCUAAGAAGACGUUGGGAAAAGGACGACCAUCAGAGUGGUCUCUCACACCAGCGUGCCUCUCCUGCUCAAGAACCCCGAGUACUUUUUCAAAGAAACCAACAGCACCGUUUACGUGAUCUGGGGACCUUUUCGAAACAUGAGGAAGGAUGGGAAUGGCAUCGUGUACAACAUGCUGAGAAAACCGUUGACAGCCCCCAGUGCCAAAAUCUACGUGACGACGGAAAAGCGCAUGAGUUACUGCGACGCGGUGUUCAAGAGGAGACAGGGAAAGACCGAGUCCAGUCAGGUUCAUAUCUCAGUACGGGUUGGUUUACCUUAAUUUUGGCUAUGGAUGCCUGCUAUGGAAUUCACGUCUAUGGGAUGAUAAAUGACACCUACUGCAAGUCAGAAGGCUUUCGUAAAGUUCCCUACCACUAUUACGAGCCAGGAAGAGAUGAGUGUGAGGAAUACUUUCUCCAUGAAAACGCUCCAUAUGGAGGCCAUAGGUUUAUCACAGAGAAGAAAGUAUUUGCUAAAUGGGCCAAGAAGCAAACAAUAAUAUUUACACAUCCCAACUGGACAGUGUCUUGAUAUUGGUUUU